CACCCGUAAUUCACCCUAAACUUGGCAACUUAUUUGACACAAUUUCGGAAAGUCACCAACCUCUUUAUUUUCUUUUAAUUUCUACACAAUUAAUUCUCUCACUCUGCAUUAAUUAAUUCAAUCAUUUUCUUAGUAUCAUCGGAAAAAAGUAUGAGUUUUUCAGCAACAACUGACAUUUCUUUCGGACUAUCAUCAUCAUCUUCAAUCACUCAACAAUCAAUCAAACCCAACAAAAUUUAUAACCCAUUUGACAAUUUACCCUUAUCAAAUCUCCAAAGACCCUUGAAUUUAAAGGUUCAAACUACUAAUAAACGCAUUUUAGUCCCUCAUUGUUCAAUGGCUGGAAGUGGGGUUUCUCCAGAAUCUUCUGUAAUGGCGGAGGAGAGAGAAAAUGGCGCGAUUACUCCGGUCUAUGUUCCUACUCCUCCUAACCGUGAGCUUCGGACUCCUCAUAGCGGAUACCAUUUUGAUGGGAGCACUAGGCAAUUUUUUGAGGGCUGGUAUUUUAAGGUCUCUAUUCCAGAAAAGAGGCAAAGUUUUUGCUUCAUGUAUUCAGUUGAGAAUCCUGCAUUUCGCAAGAAAUUAACCCCUAUUGAAGAAGCAAAAUAUGGCCGUCGAUUUACUGGAGUCGGGGCUCAGAUACUUGGUGCUGAUGACAAGUACAUAUGCCAGUAUUCAGAAGAAUCUAAGAACUUUUGGGGAAACAGGCAUGAGCUAAUGUUGGGACAUACAUUCAAACCCAGUGGAAGUUCACAGCCUCUCACCACAGAGGUUCCUCCAGAGGAAUUCAACAAGAAUGUGUCUGAGGGUUUUCAAGUGACCCCAAUUUGGCAUCAAGGGUUCAUUUGUGACGAUGGCAGGUCAGACUAUGUUGAAACAGUCAAAACAGCUCGCUGGGAGUAUAGUACCCGUCCUGUAUAUGGCUGGGGUAAUGUCAGUUCGAAACAAAAAUCCACUGCAGGAUGGCUUGCUGCUUUUCCCGUUUUUGAACCUCACUGGCAAGUAUGCAUGGCAGGGGGACUAUCAACAGGUUGGAUAGAGUGGGAUGGUGAAAGAUUUGAGUUUGAAAAUGCUCCUUCAUAUUCGGAAAAGAAUUGGGGUGCUGGUUUCCCCAAAAGAUGGUUUUGGGCCCAGUGUAAUGUGUUUCAGGGUGCAACAGGAGAUGUUGCUUUAACUGCUGCAGGAGGAUUGAGAGAGCUUCCUGGUGGUAGAAUAGAGAAUGCGGCAUUGGUAGGAGUGCACUGUGGUGGAACUUUCUAUGAAUUUGUGCCAUGGAAUGGGUUUGUGGAGUGGGAGAUUGCACCAUGGGGCUACUGGAAAAUUUCUGCUGAUAAUGGAUCAUACCUGGUGGAAUUAGAGGCGAGAACGGAGGAUCCAGGAACGCCGUUGCGUGCUCCUACCCCAGAUAAUGGGCUUGCUGUUGCAUGCAAAGACACUUGUUUUGGUGAACUGAAAUUGCAACUUUGGGAACGAAGAUCAGAUGGUAGCAAGGGAAAGGUAAUGUUAGAGGUUACAAGUAACAUGGCGGCUCUGGAGGUAGGUGGCGGACCAUGGUUUGAGGCAUGGAAAGGAAGAACAACGACCCCGGAAAUCUUGAGUGCAGCUCUUCGGGUUCCUAUUGAUAUGGAGUCAGUUUUUGGUUGGGUUCCAUUUUUUAAACCCCCUGGCCUUUGAACUUUGAACCCAGGACACUAGUACAUUCUGGUUCAACAUGUUUUCUGUAAAAAGUUGAGUCCUUGUGUAUCAGAAUUCGCAGUAUGGUUUCUGUAUACAUAGCAAAGAUUAGGUACAGUUACAAAUUAUGUGCUUCUUCCACAAUAUUUAUCUGAAUAUAUUCUUCAAA